UGUAUUCAUUUUACAGCGAGUGUUAAACGCUGAUGUUGUCUCUGAGAAUUUGGUUUUCUCCUUUUACAACUCGUAAUGCCCUCUCAUGUUCUUCGCGGACACUCUUGUCGCUGGUUCCUUCUCAAAGACUCACCACACUCAAUCUCUCUUGCAAGCAAAAUGGGGUUUCUUCGGUGGCCAACAACCUUCAAUCUUCUUCUUCCUUCCCCAAAGAUUCUUCCUUUCCAGGAUUGGAGGAUGCUUUGGUGAGCUAUCUCUUUGGGAAGAAAAGGGCAACAGAUGUUGCUCACAUGGUAUGGAAACAUAUUAUCCAGAAAGGAGAUACAGUCAUUGAUGCUACAUGUGGCAAUGGUUUUGACACUUUAGCAAUGCUUAAUUUGGUUGCUGAUGAUUCUCAUAAUGGUUAUGUAUAUGCAUUAGACAUUCAGAAAGAUGCUUUAGAUAAUACUUCAUGCUUGCUGGAAGAAUCGCUUAAUUCCAAUGGGAAACAACAAGUCAAGCUCUUCAAUACCUGCCAUAGUAAAAUGGAGGAAGUUGUUCCACAGAAUUCCUCGGUUAGGCUUGUUGCAUUCAACUUAGGUUAUCUUCCUGGCGGUGACAAAGAGAUAAUAACAAAAUCAGAAACAACAUUACUGGCACUCGAAGCUGCAGAGAGAAUUCUAAUGCCAGGAGGGCUUAUCAGCAUAAUCGUUUAUGUGGGGCACCCUGGUGGACGAGAAGAGUUGGAAGCUGUUGAAUCUUUUGCUGCUAGAUUGUGUGUUGAGAAUUGGAUCUGCUGCAAGCUCCACAUGUUAAACCGGCCAUGUGCUCCAAUACCAAUUUUCAUACUCCGAAGAUAAUGUGAAUAAAAAAUCUGCUUUGAUUUUUUGUUGCAAUAUUAUUAACUUUCCUUGUCCUUAUAAGACAAUAAAUUUUGAUUUAUUUUUUGUUAGAUUCAUUCCAACCAAAAUGAAUCUUACACCUCUUUUUAUUAGGGCCUCCGCUUAUAGAACAUUCUUGCUUCUGAUUUU